AUGUCAAUGGAAGCUAUCUGGAACGUGCAUUUCAUAAAUUUUAAUUGCUAUUUUUGGAUUGGUGGCUUAUUUAUUAGUUAUUUAAUUUAUCGUAUUUUACAAUCUUUUUUUGAUGAUAACAAUUUUAUACAUACUAAAUAUAAAGUACGUGGCCAUACAUGGAGAAGUAUAGAAUGUAAUAAAUCCAUACCAUACAAUAUUUAUUGCACAAUAUGUGGCAAGCUUAUGCUUCCAGUUGUUGGCUUAUUUUGCGAGUGCUGUGGAGUGAGUGCUUGUAAAAAAUGUCAUCGCAUAUUAAACAAAAAGUUGCGAUGCAAACAAAUUACAUGGCCUGCAGAAAAGCCUUUUUGUCAUCUAUGGGUCAAUGUGGGUGUUGCUACUCGAGAUAAUGUUGAUCAUAAUGAAGAUGGAGAAAAUUUAAAGAAAUAUUUUUGUUCCUGGUGUCAGAGAAUAAAGUUAAGCCAUGAAAAUUUAAUAAAUGAUACGGAAGAAUGUGACUUUAAUAAAUACAAGGAAAUUAUAAUUCCUCCAAAUGCUGUUCGAGUGGAAAAAAGUAAAAUUAUAAGUAUAAAGCCACCAUGUAUAAAUAAUUGGGAACCAUUAUUUAUAUUCGUUAAUCGAAAAUCUGGAAGCAAUAGGAGUGAUGAAGUUAUUUCCAUCUUUAGGGGACUUCUGAAUCCUUUACAGGUGAUAGAUAUCAGUGCGAAUGGUCCGGAACGUGUGGUGAAAUGGUUGCCAGAUCGGUGCCGAGUGCUGGUGGCGGGCGGCGAUGGCACGGUCGCUUGGGUUCUCAAUGCUUUGCACACCGUCCCACAUGUCACGGCGUCCGUUGGUAUAUUGCCCACGGGCACGGGCAACGACCUGUCGCGCGCGCUCGGCUGGGGCGCUGGCUCGUCUGCUUUAGAUGCACAUUCCAUUAUUCAAUCCAUAAAGGAUGCAGAAGUACACAUGCUAGAUAGGUGGAAGAUAAGGAUACGGGCAUUGGGCGGGCGGCUGGGGCGGCUGCGCGGCGAGCGCGUGCUGUACGCGCACAACUACGCCAGCGUGGGCGUGGACGCGCGCGUGGCGCUGGACUUCGCGCGCGCGCGCGCGCAGCUGCUGCGCCGGGGCGCCAGCCGGUACCUCAACUAUAUAGCGUACGCUCUGUUAGGAGUGGGGCGAGCGCUCGACGACGGCGGCUGCGGAGGCCUAGAGAAGCGCCUGCGCGUGCAGCUUGGUGCGGGCGCGGCGGGGGGCGAAGCCCUACCAUUGCCGCCCUUACAGGCUCUCGUAUUGCUGAACAUACCUUCUUGGGGAGCCGGUGUUGAUCUGUGGAGCAUGGGUAGCGAAGAGGAUGUUGGAGCACAACAUAUGGAUGAUGGAAAGUUAGAGGUGGUGGGUAUAUCGUCGUCGUUCCACAUAGCGCGGCUGCAGUGCGGCCUCGCGCAGCCCUACCGCUUCGCGCAGGCGUCGCGCGUGCGCAUCGAUCUGGAGGGUUGUUGCGCGAUGCAAGUGGACGGCGAGCCCUGGAUGCAGGGCGCCGCCACCAUCCUGGUGGAGGCGGGCGGCCGCAGCGCCGUGCUGCGCCCCGCCGCCCGCCGCGCGCGC